AUGGUGAGUACUCGAUUCGUAUCGCCCAGCCCGUUGCUCAUAGCUUUUAAGGCACCGUCAAUACCGAAUAGAAAGCGCGGUAGGCCAAGUAAAACAGCGUCCGUAGCACCAGCGCCGUCGAACUCGCGCGCAAGAGUCGCAAACCCUAAAUUACGGCCGAACAAGAAGCGCAAAGACGCGCAAACAGGCUCCGAGCCAGAGACCACAGAUGGAGGCAGCUCACAUGCUGUCAGCUCGAACCGCAAGAAGCGCAAUUCUAACGACACAGAUGACGAGGACGACGAACGCAAUGCUGAGCGUCCGCAGAAGCGCCCCAAAUACCAACACCUCAGAGCUCACACCCGCCACAUUCCUCAAGAUACCAUCACCACCAAAUGGAUCAAUCUUCCUCCACCCGCCCAGCAGGCCGUCCGAACGCUCUUCAAAGCCACUAAGCGACCCGUCCUAGCAAGCAUGCGCGAGGGGCAGCGGCGCACAGAGGCCGAACUUACCUUGAACGCCGUGAUUCAGAAGUUGGAAAAACGACUGCCGCGGAUGCCGUUCCCGCCCAAGACGAAAGACGCGCAUUUCGAUCUGGAGAAGGUGCUGGAGCGGAACCGGGUGCUGGAGGGCGAGCUGACACCUGCGCUGCAUUGGGUUGAGUUGCUGAAGGGGGAAGUUGAGAAAGAGGAAGAAGCGCUGGAGAGGGAUAGGGUGGCGCUGGCGGAGCUCGAGGCGAACGCGAAGGUGGAGGAGAGGAGAAGGAGGAAGCAGGGGAAGAAGGCACAUCCGCUCCUGAUAGAGAGUCUCGAUCACGAGUACGAGGGCGAUGACGCUGAGAGUAUUGGACUCGUUCCAUCAUCAACGCGGCCAGAUCCGUCGCUCUUGCAUAGUCUCGAUCCGGAUUUGAACCCGCUGCUGGAGCAACUGCAGAGUCAUCUGGAAAGUAUGCAGGCCAAUUUGGGGCAGCUAGAAGGGAUUGACGAUGCGAUGGUCAGCGCGCGUGAGGCGCUGGAUGAUGUGCUGUUCAGGCAGGCAACUGCGCAGCAGUACGAAGCACUAUCGGCAUUGUAA